CACACGCAGAAACCGUCAAGGUCGAAAUGUACAAGAAAGUUGCAAUCGCAAGAGCUGGGUGUCACAGAGCGGUUCUACAAUCAAGUCAGGGCGCAAUGUAGCUCUGUAAUUUAAGAGUUUCGUCAACUGCAGAAAUUGGACUUGAAGUUCAAAGCUUCGUAGUUCGGGUAACAUUAAAUCUACAGUAGGUGCAAUGGCAGCAAAAUCAAAAGGCAAACCAAACAGAGAAUUCAGCAGUUUAAUCAAAGGAUAUUUGAUUUUUUAUAACGUUGCGCAGGUUUUGGGAUGGAGUUACCUUCUGUACCUCAUAUUCACUUACUAUGUGGCCAGUCCAAAAGAAGUGCCAUUGUGGGACACUGUGAAGCUCGUUGUAGUAAUAUUUCAGAAUACAGCAGUUUUAGAGAUCCUCCAUGCUGCCACCAAGCUCGUUCCAUCAAACGUGCUCAUCACGGUGUUCCAGGUGUUCUCACGUGUUCUUGUGGUGUGUGGUGUGCUGUUGGCAACCCCAACGGGUCCAACCAGCCCAGGUCUUCCUCUUGCUCUGGUUGCGUGGUCUAUAACCGAGGUGGUACGAUACCUCUACUAUGCCCUGAACCUAUUGGGUACAGUGCCAUACCUCCUGGUGUGGUGUCGGUACACACUGUUCAUCGCACUGUACCCUAUUGGAGUGACGGGUGAGCUUCUGUGCUUGUACGCAGCACAGGCAUAUGUAGCCCAGAAGAAGCUGUGGAGUCUGGAGAUGCCAAACGCACUGAAUCUCACUUUCAGCUAUCACUAUUUCCUGCUCUUCAUAAUGUUCUUGUACAUCCCAUUGUUUCCUCAGAUGUACCUCCACAUGUUUGCGCAGCGCCGGAAAGUGAUCACAGAUGGCACAAGCAAAAAAGUCAAGUGAUUCCUUUCAUGAUAUGUUUAACCACAGACUUUUGUAGGGAAAUUAAAAUUUCUCCUGCAUAUACUGUGUCUAAAAUUGUCACACAAGAGAGACUGUUGAACACUGAAGACAUUUCUUCCAGUUGCCUGUUCAAGGUAUGACGUACCAUCAGAGAUGUUUUAGACAAAGUAUAACACUGUGGUGUUUUUUUAAAAAUUUACAUAUCAGAUUCCAAAGAAUUCUAUACAUGCUAUACUAUUUUGAUUUAUGUUUCCACAUUCACCACUCAGGACCAGAAACUGGGUCCAUUAUAAUUGGAGCCAGGUCCUUCUAACUGGUCCAGCUGAUGAUGAAACCAGGUUCAGUUUCUGAAACAUUCUGUAUGUUAUGUAUACCCCAGACAGUGGACAUUGUCUAUAAUAUUUGUGCAAUGAAUCAGCCUCUGUCACAAGCCUGUAAAGAAUGUGUUCGAUUUCAUGUUCCCUUACUUGGUACUGUCCAUGUUUUAGACCUGACCAUUUUUACCACAGCGAGCACUGGAUUUGGUCAAGUCCACUAAUUGAGGUAAGGA